AUGGGUGAGGUGGGAGGGGAGGGGAGGGGAGGGGAGGGGCCGCCCGCGGCCGCUGAGUGUCUGCGGCUCCGCGAGGACCGGAGCCGCGAGGGCCGGCGGCGGAGCGAGGAGGAGCGCGGCAACCUGCCCCCGGACUGCGCCCGCUCGCUCGGGGGAGAAAAAGUUAGGCAGAACUUUCCGGGGCCGCGAGAGGCCGGGCGGCAGGAAAUGCGAGCGGCCGGGAGAGGAGGGAGGAAGGGGCCGUGCGAUGGGAGGGGACGGAGCAGGCGCCGGCGGCCGCGGCUCCCCCACCCCCCGGGCCGGGCGGCGGCGCGGGGGGCCGGAGGCGGAGGGAGCGCGGGGCGCGCGGCCGGGGGCGGGGAGGAAUGCGCCCGGGAGGCGCGCGGCCGGACGGCGGGCCGGCGGGGCGGCGGGCCCGGGGCUGGGGGCGGUGGGGGGGGAGGCGUCCGCGCGGGGGAGCGCCGAAACUUGGAGCCCGAGCUCCGGGGCUGGAGGCGCGCCGGCCUUGGGGACGUCACAGCGCUGGAAUCCGCGGAAUGCCGGGCGGCAGGAGCUCCCUGUGCAGGCCCGGGAGAAGUCGCGCACUUUUGGUGCGGCGGCUUUGGGAAAUGUUUAAAGCGCCCGCGAUCGCAAAAGCAGUUUCUGUGUGCUGGGAGCUGGAAGAGGUCGUUUCCCCGGUUCUUUCCGCGUCACAGCCUCGCCCCACCCUGCCCAGGUGGGCACUGGAAGGCAGCUUCCUUAGCGCUUUCGGAGGUGGAGUUCGCGCGACGCCGCGGCUUGAUGGAAAAAGCACCCAGCCUGGCGAAGGAACCUGGGUCCAGGACCUGCCCUGCCCUGCCCGUGACCGAAGGGAUGAUUGAGGAGUAUCCCAGCCCCUGAAAGCCUUGGCUUUCUCGAGCUGCAAAAAUCAUUUUCCUAGUAUUUUCUAUCUCUCCGUGGGCCUUCGCGUUGCCCAAAACAGGUCUUAGGGGUCUGUUACCUAACCGAGACUCACAACCCAGUUCUUUCAACCGUUCCUAGGUUGAAAAAGGGCCUUGAAGUCGUUGUCACAGAAGAUGUCCCAAAAGACUUCAGUGUCCCACCACUCAUGCAAAAAUCCGGAUCUCUUGCGGAAGAGAACUGGAACCAAGAAACAAAACAUGUUGUGCCCAUCAUGUACCAGUUGGUGGUGACUGACUUCUCCAACGGAGUACCUGCCAACCUCCACAACAAUAAAGUCCAGAAGGCCCCACAGGGAUGGAAAGAAAAGGCUGGAGAGAAUUAAACACCAGUUUCUCAAACUUGCAAGGAUAUAUAGCUGGAUAGCUUCAGUAUGGACUUGCUGGAUUUCCAAAGAAAGUCGCCAAACACUUUGCUGUGCUCUGGGAAGCAUAGAAAGCACUUUUUAUGUGCACCUGUAUUAUUAUCCCAUUUCCUAGAUGAGAAAAGUGAGGACUGAAGAAAUCACCCGUCUUACCAAGGGUCCCACAGUUUCUGAAAUAUGGUAAUAGACCCCAGUCUGGCCCCAAAAUGCAAGCUCUUAAAUUCUUCAAUUCUUAAAUUUGACCAAAAUAGUAUGAAAAUUAUCAAUGAGGGAAUACCUGCAGGCUCACAAAGGAACACAGAUGUGAGGCCUCUUGGGGCCUAGGAGGAAAAGAUGUGGCCUUUGUGUGUUGUCGCUCUGCGAUGCCUAACUCUUGAGCACAGCUUGCAGAGACAGUUGGGGUGUUAGAAGAGCAAAGGUUGCGUGUAGACAUACGAUUCUGGUUCUGCCUCUCACCAGCCACGUGACCCUGAACAAGCCACUUCACCCCUAGGCCUAAGUUUAUUUUUUAAGUGGAGUGUGACAUGGAGGUCAGAGUUUGGUUGAAUUACUUCAUCUCUGAGGUCUUUGCCGGGUCUGAACUUGAAUGAACGUCUACUCCUCCAGGCCAAUGGCAUGCGGAUGGAGGAAGCUCAGUGAUAAAGCCAGGAUGUCUUGGGGAGAGGACUGUUUUCACGCCGCCUUUGGAAUCAAAAUGAAUGUUGGGAAUGUUGCUGAGUGAUCCACGGCCAAAACAAAACACACAGACACACACACUAAUAUUUAGCUCUAUGGCCUCAUUUUAAUUUAAAUAAUUUUACUUCUAGAUUUAAAAAAACCACACACAUUAUCAAUUUAAAAGCCUGUAUGAAAUACAUCUGACCAGCCACUUCUCUGUCUUUAGAGCACAGAAGAGCAAUGCUAC